UAAAAAAAAAAAACACGAGACAUCCGUUUCUUUCAGUUGUUUAUCCAUUUGGUAUUUGGUAGAGUUGAAAUCGUAAAAAAAUAACGCGAGACAGCAGUUGACGAUUAAUUCGUGUUGUUGAAAAUGUAAUUUACCCCUUGGUGGUGACUAAUGACAUGGAGUCUUUGUUUACGUAUUUGGCGAGUCCAGUGUUCAGGUUAAGUCUGAUUAAAAUCGUGUAAUUUGUCGGACAAUUAAUACAAUUUACAUGAAAAAAUUAUUUAUUUAACGGAAAACGUGACGCACGAGGUAACCUCAAGGUGUUAGGGUUAAGAGGGGGGGGGGGGUCAUAAAUGGAUGGAAAGACAGAGACACAGACGGGGAUUGUAUACAAGCAGUGUUUCGGUAUGGGUGGGGUCGAGACAGAGUGAGGGACAGAGACAGACGCAUAUUAAGUAUUUUUCCCCCAACAAUAAUGGUGUGUUCACUGUUUGGCGUAAUGAGUGGUGCCCUAAUCCUCUGACCAUCAUCCUAACAACAGACAAUCGGACGUUCUCGCUAGAUUUUCCCCUUAUUUGUCUGAGCCUUGUCUCCAGCAAAUGAUUCCGUCGCCAAUUGUAAUCCCAACUGAUGAAAUUACGUCGUAUUCAGUGCGUGGGUGCUUGAUUUUUUUUUUAAAUUUAUUUUGCGAAAUAUUUAGAGACACAAGACACAGGUUGGCCCUCGGCAGCUGAGGCCAAAAAUCACCGGCUCAACCCGAGAGAGUUAAAAAACCCAUACAUAAUAAAAAAAAGUGUUUGGAGAGAGUCAACUUUCGACGAAAAUUCAGGCGCAGAGUUCUGUUUCUCCUCUGCCCUGUGGGUUGCCAACCGAGCCGUCCACAUCUCUCUCACUCCCGAGAGAGUGUGGGAAGUGUACGCGAAAGGGGGAGCGGCAUAGGGAGGAAAAAGGCUUCGCCUCUCGGACGUGGAGGAAAAAAAAAAAACCUUGGCGGAGGGGCAAAGGGGCGAGAGAUAGAGGCAGAUAGAUUGUGAAAAUAAAAAAGAGCUAAGAGAGAGGAUAAAAUGAACGGACCGGGUAAUCAUCAGCAUCGGGGCAUGGGUAUGCAGGGCAGAUACAGGAACGGUGGUGGUGGUGGUACGGGUACGGGGCCUAUGACUCGUCCAGCCCCAACCCACAGCCGCUCCGGCUGGCAUCCCCUCGGCCAGCACACACAGCACGGCCAGCUUAACCAGCAGUACAAGGAGUACCCCUAUCGUCAGGGAUCCUCGCCAAGAUAUCACAACGGGGACUGUCCGGGUGUGGGUACGUCCUCAGGCCCUUCUGGAAAGGAAGUCUAUCACGGUGCAGUGGGUGGAUCGAGUGCAGGUUACAAAGUAAAUCCCCAACAGCACGGACAACAGUCACGAGGACAAGUGCCCCAACAGUCUCUCCCAUCGUCUCACUUUUCUCAGGAACAAACUGGCCCACCAACAAACACUCCACCGUUACGCAUAAACAUCUGUGGACAAGAGAGCACAAUGAGAGGACCGAUUAUGAACCUCAGCCCCAGCUUGGGUGCAGGUACAGUUGACAUGGAGUAUCGGAGAGCUACACAGGCAUCGAACCAGUUACCCCUUAGUCCAGUCCAGAUACAACCGUCGCCGCCAUAUUACAGGCAACCUAGUCAGGACGACGGAAGAAAGAGUGAAUCGCCAUCGAGAAAACGUCGUCGAAUAUCUCGGAACGGAGCAGUUCCAGGCCUCGACGUUCAGGAACCAACGCCUUCAGCUCCAACACCUCCACUCCACACAAAUCCCGCCCCCUGGGAAUUACCCCCUGCCCCCCAGCGCAGAUCGCCUCGCAAUCACAUGAGCACACGGGGCAGUCCACCAAUACGUAAUCGUUAUCCACGUUAUUCCGACUCAUUUACACUGUCUUAUCCAUUCAUACCUGGAAUGCACAAUUCCCAUCCAACAAUUCACAAUUCUCACCAUGGAAUACACGGACAGCAUCACACUAUUCAUAAUUCUCAUCAUGGGUUACACAAUGGACGUCACAAUAUACACAGUGCCCACCAUAAUCUCCACAAUGCCCAUCAGAGCCAUCCGCAUCAUCCAGUUGCCACUGGACAUCAUCCUAAUCAGGGUACAAAUGGGCCUGUUGUCGUUGAAGUUGGACAAGUUGGUGUUUCCAGUCUUGGGGUUACAGUCAGUGGUGAGCCUAUCUGGCAUCCACAAGCAACUGGGUACAGAAUUCCAUGCCAACUACAUGGGAUUUAUGCCCCCACUGGGCCACAUGCCUUUGCUCACUCUUGCCAGCAGGUGCCACACCACCAUCAUCAUGGCCACUAUUCCACAGGUCACCCAGGCCACAGUCUGAUUGGUGCUGCCCCUAGGGGCUAUCCCACCCCUCCGGGUGGCCCCGUGGCUGCCCUACAUGCACAUCCACCGCCACCACCCGUCCAUGCCCCUCAUUAUCCAGCCCAUCAUCAACUAUCACAACAGAGGGAAGUUGAUUUGGAGCUGAUUGAAAGUCAUUUACAUCAUCGGCAAAUGGCAAACGGUGGACCCCCAAUGCCCCUACCUCACUCUUACUCGCCUCCAGCGCUCGCCCAAGUCACGACACCACCACCAAUAUUCCUACCUGAGACUCGAAGUAAUCAACUGGAGAUGCUCCAAUCACGUACACGAAGAGCAACCACGGGCGGCCGAAGACAAAGGACAAGCAGAUGGCUAGGAACCCCCGGCGGUUACUCCGGGCUACUCCUUCAUUUCUUAGCCAUGUUCAGCAAUCCACCACUGUCCCCAUACAGUCAAACUGAGCUAUCGUCACCUGAGUCCGCUGAAACCGAAAAUUACGAGGCACUACUUUCACUCGCCGAGAGACUCGGUGAGGCUAAACCAAGGGGUCUCACGCGAGCCGAGGUGGAACAAUUACGUUCGUACAAAUUCAACGCUGAAAAUCCACAUGGGGAUCAAACAAACUGCGUUGUAUGCAUGUGUGACUUCGAGGCACCACAGAUGCUGAGGGCUCUACCCUGCUCUCACGAGUUUCACGCCAAGUGCAUUGAUAAAUGGCUCAGGUCAAAUCGAACCUGUCCAAUUUGCCGAGGCGACGCCGGCGAUCUAUUCAGCAACAGUGGUACAGCCAGCGACUAACCAACGGUCGAGGUAGAAUCUUAGCGGCGUCUGCGACAAAGGGUGCGCCUGCCAAUUGUAACAUUACUGAUUCGUGCAAAUUCGUAAGUUGGAUCUCAAAGGAGCUGAAAAAAAAAUACCGAACAAACAAGUGAGCGGAAAAAAGGUAGAGCACAAUUGCCGAAAAGAAUAUCAGGCGAAUUUUUGUAUAAUCAAAUUGUUGAAUCAAUUGUAUAGGUGGAUUGGUUUUGCUUUUUCGUUAUAACGACAAAACAGCCAAUUCUUCGUUGCCACGGAGAAUGAAAUAACGCGUGAGGAUUUACUGUCUUGAAGUUGGUUGAUAUACAGAUAUUGCGCGCUUAGCUGUUGUGUGUAGUCCAUAAUUUUUGAGUUGAUUAUUACGUUAUUAUUUGUAUUAUCUACUCUUAAAUCGUCUCAAACUCAAUGUCGUUAAACUCAGAGUCAAUGUAUAUAAACUGCGUAUGAUAAGAAAAGGAAAACAAAUAGUUACGCGUUCAUGUGCACCGUAGAUCUCUUUUUUUUUUGUUGUUCUCAUUGCGUUUACACUUAUAUCUCCGCUUUGCACAGAAAUAUCGUUUAAUUGGAUGAAUAAAGUGAUUCAGAAUUUGUCAGAGUUGAUUAUCGAUACUUUUUGCUUGUUAAUUUCCUUCGAGUACUUCUGGAGAUGAGUAAAUUGACGUGAGAACCUCGGGCCGUCUUUCAUAACUUCAAAUUAGUGAUCGACAUGACGUUCUAAUAUUAUUAAAAUUCAGGAACUUCUUCAGAGAAAAAAAAACGAGAGAAAGUAGAGCACCUAGCCUACACUUAUUCGAUCAAUGAGACGUUCUAAUCUCAUUAAAUUCAGACGUACAGAAAAUUUUGUUUCUCUUGCCACUACCUCCAACAAAUAAUGAAGUAUUUUUUUAUGGAUAACAACUGAAAAUACCACAGAAAGCCAUACAAUACAGGCAAAUAGAAACACUUUCGAUUUUGCGUCAAUGAAAAUCACCGAUCACUGAAGUUAAUUAGUCUGAUAACGUUGAAGUCGACAAGAUGGCCGCUCUUUUGGAAUUUAAUUAACAAUUUGGUCUCAUUAAAUAUUUGUUCUCCUCGGGUGCCUUUGCCAUACUAACCGAAAAAAAACAAGAUGACAUAAAAACUUGUGGAACAAAAAUUUAGAAAAUUAAUGAAUUAAUAAAGAGCCAAACACAUAACGAGAAAUAGCUGAGAAAUGGAAAAGUUAUAUAUUAAAUGCGCCUACUAACGAGUGGGAAACCCAUUGGGAAGGUACAAAUGCCAUAUACGUAAAAACCAUUUUUCUUUUUAUAGAAAAAAAAAACAUAGAAAAAAAUCAUUGCAUCAACUGUACAUAGGUGGAAUUAUUUGAGCCAAUUCAACCGAAUUUUGUGGACUUGGAAAUGGAAUCGAUGAACAGCAGAGUGUUGGUCAAACAUAACAUAUCACAAUUUGUUUAACUUUCGUUCUUUAUUAUAUAUUUUUACUUUUUUUUUAAUCUCUUUUAACACUUUGACUAAAAUCGAUUGUUCUUGGGUACAAAGAAAAUUCGAUAAAUGGGAGAAACGAUUUUACGAGGAGCUAGCGUUCGAUGAUGAUGAGCUUGGUGAUAGAAAUUUGAAUGAGUUUAUUUUCUAUUAUUCCGUUGAUGAGGGAUAGUGUCUUUAAUGUUGACACCAUGCCCAAUGAACUGUGGAUGCAAUGUUAAUACUGUGAUACACUUUGUUUACUCCAAAACCUACUUUUUUUACGUUUACUUCUCACUCAUUGAUUUAUCGCUCUUGGAUUGAAAUUGAAAUUAAGUAGAAAAACGUCAGUGGGGCAGUACUGCAGUAACUCGUCGACCUGUUGAGAUUAAAAUGUGCAAUCUAACAAGAAUAUUGUUUCAAAAGUGAUAAACUAGCUGUAUCUGUUAUUAAUUGUUGAUUUGAACGGAAGGAUCACACAUUUUUUAAUCGAAAAUGUCAAUGCAAUCAAAGUUAAGCUAGAAAUUUUGGUCAAGUGGGGUUGUUGAGCCAGAUGCAGUAUUGUAUAUAAUUUGCCUCUUUUAUCACCAAAAUGGUCCCACGCCCCCUGGAUGAGGGAUAAUUAUUGUAACAAUCGAUUUGUUGAUUAAUGGUGCUGUUUUGAAACUCUUCAUUUAAUCAUUCAGUAGAAAAAAUUGUUCAAAGACUGUCAAUCAAUUGAUUGACCUCUUCAGCGUACAAUUGUUCCCCCAUUGUUAAUUAUUUGGUCCAUAUUAAUCCCUCCAACGUCCACUGUUGCUGCUGUACAAAGAUUCCCUUGAUUUCCUCUUUUAGAUUGUAAGUUUUAAACUGCAACUACCCUUUUCAUAAACGUUAUUAGAUGUUAUGCGAUAAACAUUCGACUUCAGUUUUACUUUGUUGUUAUUACUCAAUUUCCGUUUUGACGUUAUCCGUCAUUUAUAUUAGAAAUUAAUUAAUCACGUAGCGAAGUAACGAUGAAAAAUGUGUACAGGUGAAUGUAGUUUUAUUUGUUGAUAAUUUUUUUUUUCACGUACGAUGGGAAAAAAAAAUUAAUUCUCUUCUCUUCAUUUCUUAAGUUACGUAGGUUAUUAAUUAAUGCCUCGAUUCAUAGUGAUACAAAUGUUUGUACAGACUCGGAAGACCAUAACGAUGCCAAACCAUUAUACGUUAUUAUACUGGCUAUUACCAUAUUAUUUGCUAAAAAAAAAAUUGAUUAAAAAAUAUCACACAAUUAUUUUAUUUCCUCAA